UAUAUAUUUAAAAAGAGAUUUUGGGUGUGCAGUGGUGGACAUUCUGCUUCACUUUCACGCUGAUCUGUGGCGUUUCCUUGGAGAUUUUGAACGGAGUUUGGUAACGUUAUUUCGGACCGGAAGUCGAAUCGGAUCAGUGACGACAACAUUUUUGACAUUUUUUUAAAAAGUAUUUUAAACUACCCAGAUUUGGAUUUUAGACGUUUUUUGUUUGUUUGUUUGUUUGUUUGUUUUGUUCUGGUCUGUGUGUAUGCAAAAAGUUUCACUGGUCAAACUAAACUAAAAUGAGCGAGGGAAAUCAGCCGGAGAUUGAGCUCUUUGUGAAGGCGGGCAGUGAUGGGCAGAGCAUCGGGAACUGUCCUUUCUCUCAGAGGCUCUUCAUGGUGCUGUGGCUUAAAGGAGUGACCUUUAAUGUGACCACCAUCGAUAUGAAGAGGAAGCCGGAUGUCCUGAAGGACCUGGCUCCAGGAGCACAGCCCCCGUUCCUGCUCUACGGACGGGAGGUGAAAACGGACACCAACAAGAUCGAGGAGUUUCUCGAGGAACACCUCUGUCCUCCUAAGUACCCUCGUCUGGCUGCCCGUAACCCAGAGUCCAACACUGCUGGCAUGGAUGUCUUCUCUAAAUUUUCUGCCUACAUCAAGAACUCCAACCCUGCCAUGAACGACAACCUGGAGAAAGGCCUGUUGAAGGCUCUGAUGAAACUGGACGAUUACCUCGGCUCUCCUCUACCUGACGAGAUUGAUGAGAACAGUGCUGAUGAUGUCACCACAUCAUCCCGCCCCUUCCUGGAUGGACAGGAACUUACACUGGCCGACUGCAACCUUCUGCCCAAGUUACACAUUGUCAAGGUGGUGUGUCAGAAGUUUCGGAAUUUCUCCAUCCCUCGCUCUCUGUUGUCGCUAUGGCGAUACCUGGAUGCUGCAUACGCACGUGAGGAAUUCUCCUCCACGUGUCCGAGUGACGACGAGAUCCAAAUCGCCUACUCGUCUGUCGUUAAAGCUCUCAAAUAAACACACACACACACACUGUUUUGUAUGCAUACACACACGGUUGCUUAUUGGAUUGCAUUUCAGUAGCUGUUAAAGGGACGGUUCAAAAUUUGCAUAUUUUUCUACGUUUCCUACCUUUACAUCAGUCAUUGACCAAGUAAUUCACCUCGGUUCAAAAACUACUGGAUAAUAGGUCACUCUAGAUUAGAAGCCACGCCCCAUAAUUUUGACUUUUUUUAUGUAACCGUUUAUUAAAACAAAGCUCAUAAUGUGCCUUUGACAUGAGAAACCGAACAUCCGUUCAUGAGAUCACUGUUGCUAGGCAACUGAAACGUGUACACCAAGCGUGAGCUAGCUAAUGACUCAGAAUAACUAUUUACCCAGCUAGCACAAAGCCAUGGAGUCUUUCAUGUAUAUUUUUCUCGUAGAUGAACUUCAACCUCACAAAAUCAGGAGCUUUGGAAGAGGGCGUGGCUCUUCUUUCUGCACCAAAAGGAGGAAUUCUUAAGAAAAUUCAAACUAUAUGGCUAGCUGAGGUUAGCGCUUCACCAAACUAAACGGUGUAUUCGGACAGUUUGAUGAACCGUCCCUUUAACAAGCAGCUCGGGGAGAAAAUUUUGCACUAGAGAUAUGUUUCAGACUUGUUAAGGAGCCUGUUAGUCGUUCGAUACACACCCUUCUACUUUUUUUCUUCUUUACUUUUUAUCUUCUUUCUUUACUUUUAUCUUCUCACACGCUUAUUACUCCAUAGCAUGUUUCACACACUUCAUGUUUGUUUGUUCAUCUAUACACACGCUAAUGCCGCAUCUCAUGUUCCCACACUUAGCUGAACACACUUUUAUUUUUCCUAAUGACAGUCCAAAAGGGGCGGAGCUUAAGUAAAAUUUAACCAGCCAAUCACAAACUCGAUCGUGACAUCACCACUAGCCUGUAAUAUUCAUACUGCAAAACACUUUAAGUAUUGCAUUAAAGUAUUUAAGUUAGCUUGACAUCGCACAGUUACUGCUCCAGAGGGAAUGUUAAUGCUAAACACAGCUUAGCUUGCUAGCUUAGCGUAUAUCUCGUUAGAUGAAUUAAAGCAAGAGUGGGUCAUGGGACUGAAGUGUGUGUGAGUGCAAGCGUUUACUCUCAGGAUGACGUUGGCUCGCACUUGUUCUCUGUUCGUCUUUCGGAAACGAAACCACCCCUUGCAGCCGUUUGCUCAGCAUGUCAUAGCGACGAAGCAGCCAUGUAGUCAUCCUGACUAAUAUUACACCUGUAAACCACACGCUCAGACUUGGAGCUGCGUCUCAGAUGAUGUAUUUUAGUGCACUAGUGUGAGAAAGGACAAAUAAUGAAGUGUGAAACACUUUGUGUUCAUAGAGAAGGGGGUGGAGCUUUCAGAAAGCACUGAUUUCAGUGUUUUUGGGGCAUAAACCUCUCACAAACACACACACACGCGCACACUGUGCUCUGUUGUGUUCGACACAAUAGUGCGAGGUGUCGCAUUUCUCUUCUACACAGUACAGGAUUUGAAACCGAGCCCAUGUGUAUUGUAGGAGUUGUUUUCAUAUGCAGGUAGAGAGCUCAGUGAGGUAGUGGGGGUUGAUCUGGUGAACCACUGUGCUGUUUUUGGCUAGUACACACACACACACACACACACACACACACACACACACACACAUGUGCCUUGAAGUGUUGAACUUGGCUCCUGCACAUGAGCAGAGUAUAAAAACUGCAUGUUGCUGCUCACACACCAUCAACAGCCAUACACAUUUGAGCCAAAAUGGAGAUUUUGGAAGGGGACUCACACACCCAUACAAACUCCAAACAUCUUUUCAACACAGUGGAUGGCUUGGAAGUAAUAUACCAUGCAGGAAACUGCACAUUUGAUGCUAAACUGCUGCUACCCGAGAGCCCUUUGUUCCACCCAGUUCGUUUACAAAGUGCGAUGAACAUGUUCUGGAGAGCGUUCGAUUGGACGAGUGCAGGAUGACCCUGGAAUUGAAAAAAAGUGGGGGGAUAACUAUAGAAAGCAUGACAAAUUCCACUGUUUCCCCUAGAAAUACCAUUACAAACCAUCAGCUAACCAUUACUAUUAUUGGUCCUUAAUGGGAUCCACUGGACAUGGCAUCAAAUUACAGGGGACUAUUACAGUUUCCAUUAAAACCAAUGCGAUUCCCAUUAUAACCAUUACAAAUUCUGUGAAGGUUUCUAUUGUUGGGUUUGUAUGUUUUUAAGCAAGGGAAUCAUCAAGAUUUCAAAUAUCUACAAAACGUGUUUUUUUUUUUUUUAAUGAUUUUUAUAUAUUUAUAUUUGCUGUCUUAUGUAUCUACAGUGCCAAGAAACACACAGGAGAAGCUGUAAAACUAUUUUACAUCAGAAACGUUAUCUGGCGAUUGGUUGUAACUGUUUGUGUGUUAGGGUUUCUGAAGUAAGACCAGAUGCAGGUUUCCUGUAAAACAGAGAAGUGCGAUUGUCUGCAGCGUGAGAGGAAACGCCUCCCCCCUUCUCCUGCCCCUCCGUUUGUAACCUUUCCGGCCGUUUCGUCCUCCUCCUCUCUACGUCUUCUCGCUCUUCCUCCUGCGCUGCAAUUUCCUUCCUGUUUCUGCUGAACUCCGGGUGUGUACGAGCUGAUAUCACUGCUGAUCCACAGCCACCAUGCAGCUGCACUAAAUGGUUAAAGGAUAAUCAAAUACAGAUGUGUGUUGUCUUUUCUAUCCUUUUUAUAAGUGAAGCAAAUACAUGGGCCUUAAUAAACAACCUAAACGAUG